CUCAAAAACGACUUCAAAACCCUAAAAAGAAUCCAAUCAAAAUUUAAUUGAAGUACAAAUUCAACUGUAUUUUUUUUUACCCAGGAAAGAAAAUUUCUCCUGAAUUCGAGGUUAGCAAUGGAUCUCUCAGUUGGGAGAUUCACAGCCAGAAUCCCUCUCAGGCUGCGCUGCUCGAAAGACGACUCUCGAUCUCAGGACAAAGGGAAGAACGAUAAAGGUGAUAGACUGUCUACAGACUGGGACAAGGCUUGGUCAAGCUUCAGAAAGCAAGGAAAAAAAUCACUCUUCUCACAGUUCAAUCCAGAUAAAUAUGUGAGCUGGAAUCCAAGGCGGUCUGAGUACCCAUUAUCUGAGGAGGUUGAUCCCAUCAAGCGAGCCGAGCGAUCCAACCUCAUGUUGUGGACUAGUCCAAAGUUCACUCUGGUAGGGGCAAUAGUUGUGGUCUUAGUGCUUCUAAUCUACACAAUUUUAGCUCCAGCCAAGUAAUUUCAAUGUGCUCUUUUACAAUAAUAUACCACUGGGUGAAGAUGAUUAUUUUCUUCAUUAGUUUGGGAAUUUAAGGCAAUGUUCUGCCCAGAAUGAAGAUCUUCUGUGUACAUAAAUUAUCCAUAACCACUGUCAGAAUGUUUACUUUCUACAUUUUGUAUGUCAAUGCCCAUUUUUUCUCCUUA